UGACGUAGCACCUCGUGUUAGAAAUAUUUGGAUUUGCCUACUUUUUCAGUUUGAUUUUUGUUUGCGUCGGAUUUGGUGCUUUAAUCAUUUCGAUAUUAAUAUUCUUUUAACUAUAUAUUUCACGUGUAAUUUUGAUUUUUUUCUGUUUCUUUAAGAGAGAAAGGUGAAUUUACCAAAAACAAAAAAUAUAGAGAGCAAUGGCAAGUUCAGAUGUGGCCAAUUUUUUCAACGAGAAAAACGUGUUCAUCACUGGUGGUACCGGCUUUCUAGGAAUUUGUGUUAUUGAAAAAUUACUUCGAUGCUGUCCAGGUGUCAAUAAUAUUUACGUUUUAAUUCGACCGAAAAAAGGCAAAGAAAUUCAAGAGAGACUCGAGGAAUUGACGAAAAAUUCGGUAUUCGAGAGAAUUAAGCGAGAGAAUGGCGAGAAUCUCUUUAAAAAAUUAAUCCCUGUCGCAGGAGAUGUUGGAGAGGAGAACUUGGCUCUUUCGGCUAAUGACAGAUUGACAUUAGUGGAACAUGUCAAUAUUGUUAUACAUUCUGCAGCAACAUUGGACUUUGAAGCCGAUUUAAAGAGUACUGUCAAUAUUAAUUUAUUGGGCACUCGACGUGUCGUUCUCAUCUCGCAGGAAAUUCGCGAUCUUAAGGCGUUGGUUCAUAUUUCAAGUGCUUAUGUCAACUCGGUAAUGAAUGAAGUCCAAGAGAAACUCUAUCCUCCUCCUGCAGACGUGAAGGAAUUUCUGAAAAUGGUCGAAAGAACGGACGAUCAAGUUUUGGUGGAAGAGACAAAAAAUAUUAUUAAAGAUCAUCCCAAUCCGUACACUUUCACAAAGCAUUUGGCCGAACAUGAAGUCGCGAAUUCCAAUCUACCUGCCACGAUUCUUCGCCCCUCCAUGAUUACCGGAGCUUGGAACGAACCAGUGCCAGGAUGGACAAUUUCGAAGAAUGGACCACAAGGAUUUUUGAUGGGAGCAAGUAAAGGAGUCGUGAGACGUUUGCCGAUUGCACAAGAUCUCAUUUACGACUACAUUCCUGUUGACAUUGUUGCAAAUACUAUUCUUGUCGCUGCCUACAAUGUUGGUCGAGAGAAAAACAAAGGACUGAAAAUUUAUCACUGCACGUCGAGCACGUGCAAUCCAUUUAGAUGGGAAAUGGUAGCGCCGAAAAUUGACAAAUUUCUACACAAAUAUCCACUUCGCAGUGCUGUUUGGUAUCCUUCUUUGAAAUUUUUACCAUCUCUUUUUUGGUUUAGAAUUUCCGCCUUCUUUUUGCACAUGAUUCCCGCAUAUAUUUUGGACACUGUGACAACAGUGGCCGGUGGUAGACCGAUUUUGGUUCGCCUUCAUACGAAUGUAAAUAGAUCACUGGCUCUUUUGGAGAAGUUCAUCUUCACUGAAUGGAAGUUUGACAACUCACGUACCCUUGAACUUCACGAAUCUCUUUCAAAAGAAGACAAGGAGCUCUUUACAUUGGACAUUAGACCGUUAAAUUGGGAAUAUUACUUUGUAGAUUUGGUUCAAGGCGUAAGACAAUAUCUCUCCAAGGAGAAUCCGAAACAUUUGGAAAAGGCUCGAUCCAAGGAUAAAAUGUUGAUGAUGUUCCACUUACUUCUACAAGCGGCUUUGUUAGCACUUGUUUGGUGGAUUACCAAAAUCGUUCUUCGAUCAACGUGGACGAACACCGGUUUAAUAGUGCCUCUGGUCUAUGUUCUCUUUAAUCAGCUUUAAAUUUAUUUCCAUUAAAAGUUUAUUAAUCAUAAAAACAGCAUUAACGAAAUUUGUCAGAUUUGAUAAGAAAGAAAUUAUAUUUUUAUAAUUUCAAAACAUUUUGAUCAUCAGUUUAUUACAUUUCGGGUGUUUGUGUUGAUUCUAAAAGAACGUAAUUAAAAAUAAGUAAAAAAAAAUUAACAUUUUUAUUCGAGGAAUUUAAAUUCAGACGAUAAACUUUUAAUUCUUUAAGCUAAAUUAUUUAAACUGAUUAGUUUUAAACUAAAUAGUUCUGGACUGAAUAGUUUUAGACUAAAUAGUGUAAAGUAAAUAGUUUUAUACUAAAUAGUGUAAAGAAUCAAAAGUUUAUUAUUCAAAUACGUUGACAAAGAAUUUUUGUUUCUUUUUCAAUUAAUAAAAAAUGUUCUCUAUUGUUUAAUUUACAAAUAAUAAACUUAAAGAGAAAUUAUUUUUAAUAAUAGAGGUGAAGGCAUUAGAUUUUCCUUAGUAAGUCACAAAUAAUGUUCGUUGAUGUCUUUUUUAAAAUGACAAAGAAAGUGAAAAGAAAUUUCCUAAAGUGGCAUUUGAUUUACAUUUUUUUUUUGCAAAGAAUUUUUGUUUUGCACGAACAUUCCUUGUUUUUUGGAAAAAAUUUCUAAAAUAAAGCUGAUAUAAAGUGAAUAUAAAACCUCAAGUUUAAUAUAUUUUUAAGAACAAUAUCUUUAAAUGAGUAAAAAAAUAUAUAUUUAUUCAUAAAUUCGUUUUGUACUUUAAAGAUUGUUUAUUUAAUUUCUACGUUUGCCAUUAGUAUGUCUGAGUGUUGGUUAAUGGUGUUAUUUGCACAUGAAAUAAUAAAGUAGCUUGUACUUUUUCAUACAAA